AUGUGCCGCAAUCGUGCUUUUGCGGUCCUCCAGGGUUCAUCGAAAGCCAGCCAGACCGAUCGAUCAAAACUUCAAAAAAAGGAACGAGGCUGCCAAGGGUCAACGGCUACGGCCAAACGUGGCAACGUGUUCUACGAUUCCUACGAAUCAGGUCGUGCCACAAGGCGGGAUGCAGCAAAUCCUGCUGAUCUUGAGACUUGUCCCAUUGGUAUGAUUCGGAUGGGGACGCCCUACGCGAAGGAAUCAUGA